AGAUGUUGAUUAUUUUGACAGCGGUUUGUUUUGUCCGCAUUUUAGUGGAUCUUACGUAUGGUGCUUAUUCAAUAGUUUAAUUGUAUUCUGCUUACAAACUAGAUACAUUUUUAGUUCUUCUAGUGUGGUAGAUGUGUAUAAUAUUGUGAUAAAAAUGAGUGAAUCUGAAGAUGCAAGAAAUGGCGGAAAUGACGAGGAUGAAAUUACUCGGAAAACCGAUCCUGAAAGCGAACAUUUCGACCCAAUAUUUGCCUUAUACGCGGAAAAGAUACCUUAUAUAGAUUCCACAGUGCCUAAAUUCGACAAUUUAGCAAUAUUUGAGGGUAAAUUAAAAGCAGCAGGCUCAUUGGAAGUGGAUUUAUCAAUGCAGGAAAGGAAAGAUAAACCCUCAACCGCUGCCAGCGCCUCAACCUCCACAGCGGGCAACAUAAGACGCUUUCUGCCUGAACAAGAGAUGGUGAAGGGAUACAAGCGGGCGAAGCACACGAAGAAUGUCCUGAAUAUAACUCAAAACUUCAAGGGACCCCUGAAACAGUUGCAUGAAUUUAUGGAGGAAAAACAGAGAGUUAAGAUUUAUAUUCGUCACAAUCACGGAAUUCGAGGAUAUGUGACGGGAGUCAUUGAGAUGUUCGACAAACACUGGAAUAUUGUUCUCACAGACGUUGAAGAAUUCUACAAGCGAAGAAAAUACAAUUACACGGGAAAAGGCGGUGUUUUUGAUAACCCAGGCGAGGAUUGCAGCGAGCGCCUCAAGGAGUUGGGCAUAGCGCUGCCGGAAGUGACGGUGAAAUCAAUCAAUAGGAAAAAUGUGGAAUGUCGGCGUCGAAUUCCAAAUAUUUUACUUCGUGGUGAGCAAAUCGCAUUAGUGACACGCCACAUUGACCCAUCGUGAUUGAUUUAUGGCCAAGAGAUGUGGAAUUUCCAGGGGAGUUACUUUUACUAUUGCGGGUGUUUCUUUGAAGAAAACAUAUUUUGGCAUGAGAAAGAAUCUGAAUAAAAUCGCUAUUUGAUUUCUGUCUAAAGGAUAA